UUGACGAAUAUUGAUGAAUCUUCUAUUUCUUAAGCUGCCAGUAGCUAUCGACAGCAAAGAAUGUUAGAGCAUCCAAAACCUCCUUUGAUUAUUCCAAUGGCCAGAACAUCCUCAGUUCAAGUCAUGUCCCACAAAAGCAGCCCCGAUCUAUAGCAUUCCACAAUUUCCGAAUCUUUCCCUUUCGGUCGAUAUUCCAUGGCCGAGAACCAAACCGGCUUUGUCUUCCCGGCAGGCCUCGCUCUCGAUAAUUCGACUCCGCCGUGGCACAGCAAGGCAGACAGCGGAUGGCAGCUGACCGCCGCCACCAUGGUGGGCCUCCAGAGCGUCCCCGGGCUCGUGAUCCUCUACGGCAGCAUGGUGAAGAAGAAGUGGGCCAUCAACUCCGCCUUCAUGGCGCUCUACGCCUUCGCAGCCGUCCUCCUCUGCUGGGUCCUUUGGGCCCACCACAUGUCCUUCGGGACUGAUGAGCUCACCCACAUCCUCGGCAAACCAGGGUUGGCCCUCUCCGAGAAGGCCUUGCUCGAUCAGCAGGUCUCCUACAAGAUACCUGUGGCAGACUUCGUCUACUUCCAGUUCGCCUUUGCCGCGAUCACAGUGAUACUACUGGCUGGGUCGCUCCUCGGGAGGAUGAGCUUCUAUGCGUGGAUGUGGUUCGUGCCGCUCUGGGUGACGUUCUCCUAUACUGUUGGGGCUUACACUGUCUGGAGCCAGAAAGGGUUCCAGAAAUUUGGGAUCAACAUCAUCGAUUACGCCGGCGGUUUCGUGAUCCAUCUUUCCUCCGGUGUUGCCGGAUUCACUGCUGCUUACUGGGUCGGCCCAAGGCACUCGCACGAUAGGCAGAACUCCCCACCGAACAACAUAAUUCAAGUGCUGGGAGGAGCCGGGUUCCUGUGGAUGGGUUGGACGGGUUUCAACGGCGGCGCACCAUUCUCAGCUGGCCUCACAACUUCACUGGCCAUCCUCAACACCCACCUCUGCACUGCCACUAGCCUCUUCGUGUGGCUCGCCAUGGACAUGAUCUUCUACGAGAAGAGCUCUGUGAUCGGAGCUGUCCAGGGGAUGAUCACCGGCCUCGUCUGCAUCACUCCAGCCGCAGGAGUCGUUGAGUCGUGGGCAGCAAUGUUGAUGGGAACCAUGUCCGGUUCGAUCCCGUGGUACACUAUGAUGGUCCUGCACCGGAGAUACGCCUUCUUCCAGAAGGUUGAUGAUACGCUGGCUGUCUUCCACACCCAUGCCGUGGCUGGAACCCUAGGGGGACUAAUGUCCGGCAUCCUGGCCAAGCCUCACCUCCUAGACAUUCUGUACGGCGAGGGCACCUACAACCCCGGUCUACUUUACAGCCUACUACAGGGAAGGCCCUCCGAGGGGUUUACCCAGCUGAGGAACCAGCUGAUUGGGGUGGCCUUCAUCACCGCGUGGAACGUCCUGUUCACGAGCCUCAUCUGUAUUCUGAUAAGCCGUAUUGUGAACCUGAGGAUGGCUGAGGAGGAGCUUGAGAUCGGGGACAAUGCCGUCCAUGGGGAGGAAGCCUACGCACUUUGGGGGGAUGGAGAGAGGUUGCAAGUAAGACUCCAGAUGCCUCCAAGGUUUCCUUCCAUCUGCCGCUGUCUCGUCUAAAUAUCAUCAAUCAGGGCGCGGUCUCAAGAGGUCCGACACGAACGCCUACAUUCGCUCCAAUCUCUAGGGCAGGUUAUGACUGGAUCAGCACCGCCCUUUGCCAUAACAUUUCGUGUACUUAUCCUCUUGGUUAUGUGGCUUGGGAAAUAACAAAUAUGAAUCACAGUUGUAAAAGUUUCUCAUUAUAUAUUAUAUACAAAAUAUGUAACUCAA